AAGAGGACGUCGGAUUGGGAGUUUGGGAUAAUUCUGACGGAGAAGACAGUGAGAAGUUGAAUAUAUCACUCUUUGGUUCACUGAAGGAGGAGAGAGGGAGCGAGGGAGAGAGGGACCAAGGGAGAGCAUAGACGGAGAAACAACAGCACCGUCAACAAAAACGGAAGGGAUCUUUUGCAGCUCUGUGAAAGCCUGGGUCUGUACUUUGUCAUGGACGUGUGCCCAUGAGGUCGUUGCUGUUGGUGCUCCUGCUCAUUGGCAUCCAGGCUGUACUGAACAUGGAAGGGGCCCUGGGCCCGGUGGCUGCCAACCACAGUGCAGAACACCACACAGCAGCCAAUGGCAGAGCAGAACAGCACACAGCAGCCAAUGGCAGAGCAGAACACCACACAGCAGCCAAUGGCAGAGCAGAACUACAGAGGAUGGCCCGCCUGUCAGUGUCACCUCAGCAGGAGCAGCCAGCAGCAGACAGGGAUACUCAGCAGAGACCCAGCCGGACCAGACAGGCCCACAGACCAGCCUCUCUACCCCAGGACAGGAGUUGUUCCCUGGGCCACUCUGAGACAGACUCCUCCUCUUCCCCCUCCAUCCCUGAGGUGGACCCCAAACUGUUCAGCAAGCGGAAGUACCGCACCUCAUCACGCGUCGUCUUCAGCGACGUACCCCCCUCUCACCACACCCUAGGGGGGGAGACAGGGGAUGAGGAGGAAGGGGUGAGGGAUGGGGGAGUGAGGGUGAGGCGGAGAGCGGGGGGGCAGCCUAUGCACAGGGGGGAGUACUCCGUGUGCGACAGCAUCAGCGUGUGGUUGGGGAACCUGACCAAGGCCACAGACAUCGCCGGCAACGAGGUGGAGGUUCUGCCAGAGGUGAAGAUAGACAACGUCCGUAAGAGACAGUUCUUCUACGAGACCACCUGCCGCGUGGCCACACCCCCGGGGGGCGGAGCUGGGGCUGGGGGAGGGGCCAGUGGAGGCAUUUCUAAAGCAGGGUGCCGCGGCAUCGACAGCCGUCACUGGAACUCGUACUGCACCAACACGCACACGUACGUGCGCGCGCUCACCAAGUCCAAGGAGCAGACGGCGUGGAGGCUGAUACGCAUCAACGCAGCGUGUGUGUGUGUCCUCAGCCGCAAGUCCUGGAGGCACUGACCUCUCAACCUAGGACUAUGGACCCAUAUAUAUACACACACACACAAACAAACACCGAUUGCACAGUCAGAAAACAACCUUGAAACAGCCACUACGGAUGUAUUGUAGUGUUAGACUCCACUCCCACACACACAGACACACUCCCACACAUACAGACACACUCCCACACAUACAGACACACUCCCACACACAGACACACUCCCACACACAGACACACUCCCACACACAGACAC